AUUGGUAAUAUUGACUGCGAUGGAUAAGAUUUCGUAUAAAUAGUCAAUGAUCUCUUGGAUAAAGUAUCAGUUUCCUUCCAGCUUCAUUUCAAGCAACUUUUCAUCUCAUCAACUUUUGUGUUUUACACACCAACCAACCAAACUCCAUCAUGAACUCCAUCGUCGCUUUGUUGGCUUUCGUCGCCGUCGCUAACGCCGGAUACUUGGCUCAACCAGCAGUCUACCAAUCUGCCGUCGCCGUGCCCGCUGCGCAAUCCCUUCAAUACAACAACCGAGCCCCAGCUGCCCGUUUGGCCGUCGCUGCUGCCCCAGUCGCAUACGCCGCCCCAGCUUAUGCUGCCCCAGUCGCCACCUACGCCCACGCCGCUCCAGUCGCCACCUACGCCCACGCCGCUCCAGUCGCCUACGCUCACGCCGCUCCAGUCGCCUACGCUCAACCCAGACUCGCCGUCGCUGCCCCAGUCGCCGCUUACCACGCCGCCCCAGCCGUCCACUCCGCCGUCGUCCACCAAACUUUCUCCACCCCAUACGCCAACUACGCCUGGUAAUUUCUCAAAACCCAGGAUGAUGACACCUUUCAAAAUUUAAAUUGUAUUUUCUAAUUUAUUGUUGGAAUAUUUGAAAUAAAUUGAUUCAAGAAAACUGCAUAAAUUAUA